CUGCGUCGACCAACUUUCCCGGUUGGAAGUUAAAAAAAAAAAAAAAGAAAAAAAGAAAAACGAUGGAGAAACACUAACCAAAAAUAGACCAAAAAAAAAAAAAAAAAAAAAAAAAGAAGAAGAAAAAGGGCUUGAAUGUUGGAGCAGAGUCUCCAUCCUCCCCCUUCCCUUUCUUCAUCUGCCUCUUGUCUCUGUCUCUCUGUAUUCAUUUAAUUUUUUUUUUUUUUUUUUUUUUUUUGGGGGCGGAGAUUGAAGUAAGAGCUUUGAAUCCAGAGAUAGGAGGUGGGAGAUUAUUAUUCUAAUAAUAAUAAUAUAGUAAUCUACGACAAUGGAAGCGGCGUCGUUGAAGAAGGGAGGGAGCGAGAGAUCGGAGGGGUCGCAGAACAGCGGAGGAGGAGGAGGAGAUGAGAGAAAUAUAUUUGAAUAUUUUGGAUGGGUUUACCAUUUGGGCGUGAAUUCCAUUGGGCAUGAUUUCUGUCACCUCCGAUUCCUAUUCAUUCGAGGCAAGUACGUCGAGAUGUACAAGCGCGAUCCUCAUGAGAAUCCUGGCAUUGAUCCUAUCAGGAGAGGUGUUAUCGGGCCCACAUUUAUGGUGGAAGAGCUAGGACGUCGAAGGUUCAACAUUAGUGAUUUAUACGUUCUACGAUUCUACAAUCGUUUGGAUGAAACAAAAAGGGGAGAGAUUGCUUGUGGUACGGCCGGAGAAGCACGGAAAUGGAUGGAAGCAUUUGAUCAGGCCAAGCAACAGGCUGAGUAUGAGCUUCAAAGAGGAGGUGGCACCAGAACCAAAUUGAACAUGGAGGCUGAGAUCAAUCUGGAUAGACAUCGACCUAGAGUAAGGCGCUAUGCAUAUGGGUUGAAGAAACUUAUAAGAAUUGGGCAAGGCCCAGAGUCCCUUUUGCGCCAUGUCACAAACGUGGUUGCUAAUGCUCAGUCAGAUAGGUACUAUGAGAGGGACGUUAGUGAUGCAACUGAGGCACAUGAGUGGAAAUGUGUUCAAACAAUAAAUGGUGUUAGAAUCUUUGAAGAUGUUGCUGAGUCCCAGAUUGGUAAAGGUGUUCUUGUGAAGGCUGUUAGUGUUGUGGAUGCAAGUGCAGACACUACUUUUGAAGUGCUUUUAAGCCUUGAACGACAUCAGAGAUAUGAGUGGGAUAUGCUGACUGGUGAUUUGGAGAUGGUAGAUCCUUGUGAUGGGCACUAUGAUGUUGUCUAUGGGACGUAUGAUCCUAAAUACGUUACUCGGUGGCAAUCCAAAAGAGAUUUUGUCUUCUCUAGGCAAUGGUUUCGUGGACAAGAUGGAACAUAUACAAUCUUGCAAUUUCCGGCCAUACAUAAGAAGAAGCCUCCGAGAUCUGGAUAUCGCCGUACCAAAAUUAAUCCAUCAACUUGGGAAAUCAGAGAUUUGAACACAUCAAUGGGUUCACAUACUCCAAGGUGUGUUGUGACACAAACGCUAGAGAUACAUUCAGCAGGCUGGUUUAGAUGGAAGAAAAAUCACUGCUCAAAGUUUGAAAAGAGUGUGCCUUAUGCAUUAUUGUGCCAAGUGGCAGGACUUAAGGAAUUCAUUGCAGCAAACCCUCCACUCAAAUUUGAAUCUGCCGCUACAGUUGUCCAUUCAAAAGUCUCUGAAGUUUCUGUUUCCAAUGGAGAAUAUGAGGAUGCAGAAGUGCAGGAUCAAUUCUUUGAUGCUACAGAUUCAUCAUCAGAAGAGGAAGAUAGUGACGAAAAUGAAGUAACAGACAAGAAGGAUGCUAGGGUGAAGCUGAAGAAUGUUUCGUGGGCCAUCUCAAGCUUGGCUCUGAAGAAAACUUCAGCACCAGAUGCAAAUAAGGAAUUGGAUCCACAUGCAAAUCCUAUAGUAAUUGAUUCAAGCCAGUUCAAUGGUUCCCUACACAAAGGAAAGGAUGAGACUGACGUGAACUGCUGGACUGCACCAAGUGGUAAGGGAUUUAUGAUCAGAGGAAAGAAUUACCUAAAAGACCAUUCAAAGGUAACGGGAGGAGAUUCCCUUCUCAAGCUCCUGGCAGUUGAUUGGUUAAAAGCUGAUAGAUGCAUAGAUAGCAUUGCACUCCAUCCUAAGUGUAUUGUUCAGUCUGAAGCAGGGAAGAGGCUUCCAUUCAUGCUUGUCAUUAAUCUCAUGGUUCCAGCUAAGCCAAAUUACAAUUUGAUCCUUUACUAUGCUGCGGACAGACCUUUAAAUCCAGAUUCUUUGUUGGCAAAAUUCGUCAAUGGAAGUGACUUGUAUCGAGAUUCAAGAUUCAAACUAAUUCCAAGUAUUGUUGAGGGAUAUUGGAUGGUCAAGCGUGCUGUUGGAUCAAAAGCUUGCCUGCUUGGGAAAGCUGUAACUUGCAACUACCUCAGACAAGACAAUUUUCUGGAGAUCAAUGUGGAUAUUGGAUCGUCAUCUGUUGCAAGAGGUGUUAUUGGCCUUGUCUUGGGAUAUGUCACAAGCAUAGUAGUUGACCUGGCAAUUUUGAUAGAGGCAAAGGAAGAGGCAGAGUUGCCCGAAUACAUUCUUGGGACAGUCCGAUUAAGUCGUGUUAAGCCUGAUUUGGCUGUACAAUUCAAGGUUUGAAGUUGUUUUUAACCUCGUAUAGAAAUUUUCUUUGUCUUGGUUACAGUAGCCACCUGUGAAUGGGUCCAUAUAUUCCAAUGAUUUUCAACGGUCUAAUAUAGAUUGUAAGGUUUUCAUUGAUGGAUGUGACAUGCAUGUUACAAGUUAUAUAUAUGAUAAAAAAGCCUCUCUUUUUUUCCUCUCCAAAA